AAACACCAGCUGGUGCUAGCUGUCUCUCUCUCUCUAUCCCCUCGUCAUGUGACCUCCCCCUCUCUCUGCCUUCCUAUUUCUCUCACUGCGCAUAGGCAUAGCACGUUUCGAGUCGUCCCUCUCUCCUCUGUCCCUCCCACGCCCGUUGCCCGAUUUAGCUCAGCUUCCAGCUGACCCCCCACGCCAUCCAUUCGCCCAUUGUUUGCGCGGCGGCGGCAGGGACGGGAACGUGAGCUAAAACGAGGACCGUACAAUUUCCGUCACGGCACGGCCCGGACCUACAUUAGCGCUCGAGCCCCCGGCGCUGCAAAGGUUUGGGCGUUGCGCCAUCGAUCGCGCCCCGGUUGGUUGAUUCGGGCGCGCGGCCCCGGCCAUGGCGCAGCUGCCGCCCAAGAUCCCCGCCAUGGCGCCGGCCUGGCCGGAGUUCGGGGGCGGGCACCACCACGGCGCCCACGCCCGCCACCACCAUCACCAGCGCAGCCCCUCCAUGGGCGCCUUCCUCGCCGCGCCAAUGCCGCCGCUCCCGCCCCCGGCGCCCGCCGGCGGGGGCGCGGCGCAGCAGCAGCCGUCCUGGGUCGACGAGUUCCUCGACUUCUCGGCCGCCAAGCGCGGCGCGCACCGCCGCACGGUCAGCGAUUCCGUCGCCUUCCUCGACGACAGCAAUGCCGGCGUCGGCGCGCACGAGUUCGACCGCCUCGACGACGACCAGCUCAUGUCCAUGUUCUCCGACGAGCUGGCCCCGCAGCGGCAGGCCGCGAGCGCGUCGUCGCCGUCCGACCACAACAGCGUCAACGACGAGAAGCAGGACAAGGGCGACGCCGAGGAGGCGCAGAGCGACUGCAAUGGCGACGGCGCGGCGCCCGGGCAGCCGUCCUCGCCCGCCACGGUCGAUCCCAAGCGGGUCAAGAGGAUCAUUGCAAACCGGCAGUCGGCGCAGCGGUCGCGCGUGCGCAAGCUGCACUACAUCUCGGAGCUCGAGCGCAGCGUCACGUCGCUCCAGACGGAGGUGUCGGCAUUGUCCCCGCGCGUGGCAUUCCUCGACCACCAACGCUCGCUGCUGACGCUGGGGAACAGCCACCUCAAGCAGCGCAUCGCGGCGCUCGCGCAGGACAAGAUCUUCAAAGAUGCUCAUCAGGAUGCACUGAAGAAGGAGAUAGAGAGGCUGAGGCAAGUCUACCAGCAGCAGAGCCUCAGGAACGCGGAACCCCCGGCACACGACGACGGCCCCCUGGUCCGCGGCGACAACAGCAACGGCUUGAUCGCCAGCGAGGGGACCGCCGCGCCCUCGUGAUCGAGAUCCGGCACAUCGGCCUCAGGACAACCAAGUGUUGUCGCUGUUCUUCUUGCUGCUGCUGCUGCUGCUGUUAAGAUUUGGUGCACUGCAUUGGCUUGGUUUGCAUAUAUUCUUCGGGGUGUGAUGGUGUCUGUAACUCAGUUUGUUCAUUCCGGUGGGUGGUUGCUUAUUUGUUCAUUCUUGCGUCCUCUGUCUGUCUGCUCCUGAUCACUCUUCUCCACUUCCCCUGAUCUGUAAUUUUUCCCCCGGCAUUUAGGGCGAAGGUUGUAGCUAAGGAUUUGUAACUCGGAUUGGUUGAGGUCGAGUGGUUCCAUUGCUUGGCUGGCUUUGUUCUAUCUUCUGGUCAAUCAAAUGCAAUGUUUUCUCCGUCCA